CGUUGUGCGUUCUUCUGAAAAAUAUGCAAAAUAUUCAUCAUUUUGUUUACGAAUGAGAUGUAUAUAAAGCAGGGCAGUGAUGAUCCAAGAAUCAUUCCAAGCAGAAUUGUCUCUGGAUAAAGUUAAAGUAGGAUCACCACAAACAUUCAAUAUGCUGAAGGCAAUUUUCUUAUUAGCAUGCAUGUUAGUCGUCGCCUUUGCUCUAGACCAAGAGCAGCCUGUCCAAGAAGGAGCUGAUCAGGACCUUCAAGGAGCUGAAAGUUAUGGAUAUGGAUACGGUCGAGGAUAUGGUGGCUGGGGACGAGGAUAUGGCGGUUGGGGACGUGGAUGGGGAGGAUAUGGCGGCGGAUGGGGUGGAUAUGGUCGCGGCUGGGGCGGAUACGGUCGCGGUUGGGGUGGAUACGGACGCUACUGGGGUUAAACUCUAUAACAUACCGGACUAUGCUUACGGAAAAUAUGAUUUUUGUAUAAAUAAAACAGUAAAAUGAAA